CAGAAGACGUGUUUCACUCUUUUGUGGAUUUAUAUUGCUUCCGUUGUUCGACGUACCGCAGUGGGAGCAACAACACACCCUCUGGAACUCUGAAUUUCUUUUCUUUUAUAUAUAUCUUUUUUAGAAAGUAAAUAAUAAUAAUAAUAAUAAAAUAGGCGAUCAGAGCCAAGGUUUUCUGCGAUUUAUUUACACGGCGCGUUAGCAUUGGAUCUCUGAGAUCUCCACUAAGAAGUAUCUCUCCACAUACAUACAGCUUCGUCAUUGUUUUUCUGUGUAUAACUUGAGUGAAGCUACUCAACUGGAACCACUUCCUGUUCUUUUGGCCAUUCUUUUUCUCUGAUUGGAUUAGAUCUUUUCACCCCCCUUUGCUUCAUGCGAUUGGGUUCUGAUGGCAUUGAAAACUAAUUCAGCUGACAGUAGAACUAGAAGUUCUAUACAAAUUUUUAUUGUAGUUGGGCUAUGCUGUUUCUUCUAUAUACUAGGCGCAUGGCAGAGGAGUGGAUUUGGGAAGGCAGACAAUCUUGCUAUGGAGAUCACUAAGAAUACGGGAGACUGUAAUUUAAUCCCUAGUCUAAAUUUUGAGACCCAUCAUGGUGGUGAAAUUGAGAGCAUCAAUGAUUCUGAAUCGAAACCAAAAGUGUUUAAACCUUGUAAACCUCGCUACACCGACUACACGCCAUGCCAAGAUCAGAGGCGUGCUAUGACUUUCCCUAGGGAAAACAUGAUUUAUAGAGAGAGGCAUUGCCCUCCAGAGGGAGAAAAGUUACAUUGCCUAAUUCCUGCACCCAAAGGUUAUGUGACUCCAUUUCCUUGGCCUAAGAGUCGUGACUAUGUACCAUUUGCUAAUGCGCCAUAUAAGAGCUUGACAGUUGAGAAGGCCAUUCAAAAUUGGGUCCAGUAUGAGGGUAAUGUAUUUAGGUUUCCAGGUGGAGGAACACAGUUUCCACAAGGGGCAGAUAAGUAUAUUGAUCAACUAGCUUCUGUGAUACCAAUUGCUAAUGGGACAGUCAGAACUGCGCUGGACACUGGUUGUGGGGUUGCCAGUUGGGGUGCAUACCUUUGGAGUAGAAAUGUUAUUGCUAUGUCAUUUGCACCAAGAGAUUCGCAUGAAGCACAAGUUCAAUUUGCUUUGGAAAGAGGUGUACCUGCUGUUAUUGGUGUUCUUGGUACUGUAAAGAUGCCUUACCCUUCUAGGGCCUUUGACAUGGCUCACUGCUCUCGUUGCUUGAUUCCAUGGGGAUCAAAUGAUGGAACAUAUAUGAUAGAAGUUGACCGAGUUCUUAGACCUGGUGGUUACUGGGUGCUUUCGGGACCUCCGAUCAAUUGGAAGAAUAAUUACAAAGCAUGGCAGCGUCCCAAGGAGGAACUUGAGGAGGAACAGCGAAAGAUUGAAGAGAUUGCUAAACUUCUUUGCUGGGAAAAGAAGUAUGAGAAGGGUGAAAUGGCCAUAUGGCAAAAGAGAGUAAAUGCAGAAUCCUGUCCUAGUAGACAAGAUGAUUCUCAAGUUACCUUUUGCAAAUCGACAGACCCAAAUGAUGUGUGGUACAAGAAAAUGGAGACAUGCAUAACUCCAUACCCUGAGGUCAGCAGUCGUGAUGAGGUUGCUGGUGGGGAAUUGAAGGCAUUUCCGGAAAGGCUUUAUGCUAUUCCUCCCAGAGUUGCCAGCGGUUCUAUUCCUGGAGUUUCUGUUGAGACAUACCAGGAGGACAACAAUAAAUGGAAGAAGCAUGUGAAGGCUUACAAGAAAAUCAAUAAGCUUAUUGACUCUGGAAGGUACCGCAACAUUAUGGAUAUGAAUGCUGGAUUGGGAGGAUUUGCUGCUGCACUUGAGUCUCCCAAAUUAUGGGUUAUGAAUGUUGUGCCCACCAUAGCUGAUAAAAGUACAUUGGGUGUCAUAUAUGAGAGAGGAUUGAUUGGAAUAUAUCAUGAUUGGUGUGAAGCUUUCUCCACGUACCCGAGGACAUACGACCUUAUUCAUGCCAAUGGUGUUUUCAGUUUGUACAAGGACAAUGAAUGCAGAUGUAACACAGAGGACAUUCUUCUUGAGAUGGAUCGAAUUUUGCGACCAGAAGGCGCAGUUAUAUUCCGGGAUGAGGUUGAUGUGCUAAUCAAGGUGAGGAAGAUAGUAGGAGGAAUGAGGUGGGAUACUAAAAUGGUGGACCAUGAAGAUGGUCCUCUGGUUCCUGAGAAGAUACUCGUUGCCGUCAAACAGUACUGGGUUGCAGACGGAAACUCCACAUCAUCGGAGUGAAGAGUUAAUGCGGAAAAAAGGUGAAAGCUUUGGGGGGAUGUCUGCCGAGCUGUUAAGCUGGCAAUGUAAUGUUAUAGGAGGUCUGACAUGAACACUGAUGCAUUUGAGAGCAAUCUUUAGCAUAGAAAGAGAAGGUCUAUUAUUUGACAAUGCUAUUUUGUAGUCAUAAUUUAUAAAUAGAUGUAUGCCUGUAUGAUUUAUGACAGCAAUCAAUUAUUUUUUUGGUCCACCUCUUUUGUCAUUAACGUUAAACUUAUAGCUGGUAUUUUGAUCGAGGUAAUACCAAUUUGGUUUUAUAACCAAA